CCCAUUAACCUUAUCUGUUUGUUUUUGUUUUUGUUUUAGUUUCAUAAAAAAAUAUCUCUUCUCCACCGUCCUUAUGACUUUUUCCAAGAUUUCUUGAAGUCUCAAACUUCUCUUCUUCCUCACAUGGAAAACGACGUCGUCCUCCCCGCCGUGAUCCUCCGCCGCCCCGGCGGCGAAAUCGACCUGCCGCCGGGCUUCCGGUUCCAUCCCACGGACGAAGAGCUCAUCACUCAUUACUUGGGCCCCAAGGCCCGCGACGCCGCCUUCUCUCCCAGAGCCAUUGCCGAAGUCGAUUUCAACUCCGUCGAGCCCUGGGAUUUGCCAUGGAGGGCAAAAAUGGGAGAAAGAGAGUGGUAUUUCUUUUGUGUGAGGGACAGGAAGUACCCAACAGGGGAGAGGACAAACAGGGCAACAAGAGCAGGGUAUUGGAAGGCAACAGGGAAAGACAAGGGGAUUUUCAAGGGCCAAACAGUGGUGGGGGUGAAGAAGACUUUGGUUUUCUACAAAGGAAGAGCGCCUAGAGGUGAGAAGACCAAUUGGGUGAUGCAUGAGUACAGAUUGCAUGCAAAGAGUUCCAUCUCAAACACCAAGAAUGAAUGGGUGCUCUGCAGAAUAUUUAAGAAGAUGUCCGGCGGCCAUAAAAUCCACAUUUCUUCACUGAUCAAAGGAGACAGCUCCACCGGCGAGAUUCAAGAACCUCCUUCGGCGCUGCCGCCGUUAGUGGACGUAUCCCAUCCGAGACCCACCACGGCGCACGUGACCUGCUUCUCCGACGAGAAAUCGCAACCCGAUCCGACCCGUUUGGCCGGAAAUCUCCUCCUCCCCUGCCAGGUAAUGCCGUGUUUGGAUCACUCUGUUUUGAGGCUCUGGUUCGAGAACAAUGGGCUGCCGACUAAGGAAGAAGACGACGAAAAAUGGGUGAUGAGCUCAACAGGUGGGCCCGUGGACCUGGAAUGUCUAUGGAAUUAUUGAGUCCGAAAAUGAGUUUUAGAUGAGAAAGUUGUGGGAUCCAUUAUUAUACUCCGUAAGAAGAAGAAGAAGAAAAAAAGAGAGUUAUUAGUAAUUAGCAUUAUUGCAAUUUUUAAAUAAUUUUUAGUGAUGUAUAUAUGUAUAUAAAAUAUGUUAAACUAGAUGUUUAGUAUUGGAAUUAUCCAACUAUCGGCUAAAUAUAAAUUAAUGAAUUAAUAUGCAUGAAAUGAAUUAAUAAAUGGUCAUUUGCCUA